CCUUCAUCAUACCCAUCGUGAAUUGCAACUGCAAAAAUCCCUUUAUAGAGCGUGUGCCAGGGCCCGAGGAUGGCGUCUCUUGCAGAAUCCUCAACAACGACGAGCGUCGAGGCCUCCGUCGGCUCAGUAUCUCGACGCAAUGCCUCCACAGACGGCAAAGCAGAUCUAACCUCAGUGGAGCCUCCCAACGGGACUACCAAGGAACGGCUGUCCAAGACGGUGCAGAAGAAAUAUCGCCAUGUCGCGGCAGUGCAUUCUCAGACGAGGCCGUCGUGCCUGAGCCACGACUCUCCUGCGGCGCCCAGCUUUCUGGGGUUCCGCAAUCUCAUGGUCAUUGUGCUGGUUGUUGGCAAUCUUAGAUUAAUGAUUGAGAAUAUCCAAAAGUACGGCGUCUUGAUUUGUAUCAGAUGUCACGACUAUAGGCGGCAAGACCUGCUCCUUGGUCUUCUGCUCUACUUUCUCAUCCCUUGCCAUCUCUUUGCGGCGUACGUCAUUGAGCUCGUUGCCGCCAAGCAGGCCGAGGGAUCAAGGAAACGAAUGAAAGACAACAGCUCUGGUCCGUCAGAAGCAGAGCGGAAGAAGUUUCACUCCAUCUGGGUUCUCGCGGCUCUGGCUCAUGGCAUCAACAUCACUCUUGCUCUCGCCAUCACCACUGUUGUGGUCUACUUUUAUGUCUACCAUCCAUUGAUUGGCACGUUGACAGAGAUGCAUGCCAUUGUUGUGUGGCUCAAGACGGCCUCAUAUGCAUUUACUAAUCGAGAUCUCCGUCAUGCCUAUUUGCAUCCGGUGGAAGGAGAAGAAGUGCCCGACUUAUACAAGACAUGCCCGUAUCCGGAAAAUGUGACAAUGAAGAACUUGGUCUACUUCUGGUGGGCUCCGACUCUGGUAUACCAGCCUGUCUAUCCGCGCACCGACAAGAUUCGAUGGGUCUUUGUGGCUAAGCGACUUGGAGAGAUUUUCUGCCUCGGCGUGUUCAUUUGGGUAGCCAGCGCUCAAUAUGCGACUCCUGUUUUGCGCAAUUCUUUAGACAAAAUUGCAUCGCUCGAUUUAUUUUCCAUUUUGGAACGACUUAUGAAGCUCUCUACCAUCUCUCUGGUUAUCUGGCUGGCGGGAUUCUUUGCUCUCUUCCAGUCCUUCUUAAACGCUCUGGCAGAGAUUACGCGAUUUGGCGAUAGAUCAUUUUACGACGACUGGUGGAAUAGUGAAAGCUUGGGUGCUUAUUGGAGGACAUGGAACAAGCCUGUUUACACAUAUUUCAAGCGUCAUGUCUACAUGCCCAUGAUUGGACGAGGCUGGAGCCCAGCCGCUGCCAGCUUUGCUGUUUUCUUCGUUUCGGCCGUACUUCACGAGAUUGCUGUUGGUGUGCCAACUCACAACAUCAUUGGUGUCGCUUUCUUUGGCAUGUUCCUUCAGCUUCCUCUUAUUGCCAUCACCACUCCUCUCGAAAAAAUGAAACUCGGCCACGGUGGCCGCAUUCUGGGAAACGUCAUCUUUUGGGUCUCAUUCACAAUCUUUGGACAGCCAUUCGCCGCUUUAAUGUACUUCUACGCCUGGCAGGCCAAGUAUGGCAGUGUGAGCAGGAUGCCCCAAAUGGCACACCACUAAUAAGCGGUUUUGGAAGCAUAUACAUGACUGUCUGAUUGAUUCUGUAUGGAUGAUGUGUGUGUGGGAGUUAUGAGAGCAGUCUUUAGAAAAAGAGAUACUUUACUAUUAGGUAGAUAUGAUGAUUACACAAUUUAGGCGAAUAUUAUAAACACCACACAUAAUGAUGAUCGCUGGCUUUGCCACUUUGUGAAUGCUUACCAUGCCUAUCGGUAUCAAUGGUUGGAAAAUAUUAUGUUAUUCGUCUCUCCAAAACCUGGCCAAUUGAAAUCCUACCCUAGAAAUGGCAUCAGAGUGCCGACUCUCUUCCUAUAUUCGACAUAAUCAUCUCCAAAGAACUGCACCAGCUUCUCUUCCUCCACCUUGAUCCUGUUCUGGAAGAAUUUGAAUAGCACAGCCGAAUAGACCACAAAGCAGAUCGUAUUCCCUAGCACAAGCUGCGUCCCCAAGCCCCAGUAAAAGAAACCAAAAUAGCUCGGAUGCCGCAGCCACCCGUAGAUGCCAGUCGUCACGAGGAGAUGCGAUUGCGCCCUCCUCGUCUGGAUCUUAUGGUUGAAACUGGCUCCGGCAUGCAGCAUUGCUAUGGAACGAACAGCCUGGCCGACAGAGACCAGAAAAAGGCCGGCGAAAAGAAGCAGGCGGUCGGAAUUGAAAGGUGCCCAGUGGCGAUUGGGAAAGAAGACGGUCACGACGAUGCACUCUAUGAAGGCGGCUGAGUGGGCGAUUGCGUAAGACGGCCAGUUUGCCGUUAGGAGGAAGCUGUCGAUGGUGGCCACGGCGGUGUUUCUCUCGGCCGUGGUCCAGAAUUCGAGGAAAUGGAAAGUAGACAGAGAUAGGAGGAAGAAAGGGACGCGCCAGAUGGGACUCUGGGUGAAGACUAGGAUGGAGGCUAUGCCGAUGAUGCUUGCUGACAAGGCCAUGCCCAGGCAGAACGCGCGGAGGGCGAUCCCGGAGAGCGACUUGGGCUGUCCAGGAUAAAAGGCCUUGGGAGUAUCCUCGGGCUCGCGCAAGACCGGAGAGUGGCGGGCGGGAUUUGACAGGUAAGGGGGGGUGAAGUCGUGAUGGUCGGGCUGAAGCACGAAUGAGUUUGCCAUGGUGAGCGAGUCGGCGCGCGUGCCAGAUGAGCCCUCUUUUGAAAUAGAAAUUGAUGUGACCGAGCAGCCAGUAGACUUGUGUCUAUAUCAUCAUCUCCCCUCUUGAUG